AUGAAAAGUUACAAUCUUGUGUACAAGCCAGAGCAUGGGGAAAAGAGGUUUCUAUUCACCAACAUGGAUGUCAAGGAGCUCUCUCCACCUGUGAUGAUUUCACGAGAGAGGCCUCUACGAGAAGAGGUUGUGUUUAGCACAAAGAAGAAGAGUGAGCAAGUUGAAUAUGAGGAUGAGGAAUACAAGAAGCUGAAGGAGAAGGAGGGAUGUUUGUUGAUUCUUGAAGAUGGUGAGAGUAGAAUAUACUCGGGAAAGAUGCAGGACCUGGGGGCAAGUAACUCGUGCUAUUUUGUGUUUAUCAACACCGGGACGUAUCUGAAGGUUGUUCCUGUCCGCAAAUGGUAUCGCUUUAGCCAGAAGUCACAGCUGGACAUUAUCCAGGAGUACGAGGGCGAGGGUAUUGGAGAAGAGAACGGAGACGGAGAUGGGGAUGGAACCUCAACGGAAGAGAGGGAGGAGAUUGAUUUUGAUGACGACUUUGACGACGACGAUGGAGAGGAUGCGAAUGUGUUUAUUGUGAGGGAGAAGAGGCUAAACAGUGCAGGACGGCGGAUGAGGAACAUCAUGGAGAACUACGAGGAGAAAGAAAGAAGCGAGAGUUCUGAGGAGAAGGAUACGAAAGGGGUUGAAAAGGUGGACAAAGUUCUUACAAAGGACGAGAUUCGGGGAAUGUUUAAGGGAGGAAGAAUUGCUUUGAGAGAUCUUCUUCGUGGGGUGAAGGUGCGAUUUGGGCUCAACGACGAGGAGAAGGAGCUGGUGAAGGAGUUUAUUAGAGAAAGUUGCACGUUUGAGACUGACGAAGGGAGCAAGGAGAAGUAUCUUGUUUUGAGGAAAUAG